AUGCAACACACUUCUGACUCCAAAUCGCAUCUGAGCAUGCCCCAGUCCCCUCCAGCAGCUGACUCAUACCAGCAGGGCAGCGUCAGGAUGACCCUGGAGAACGCUGACCUUUGGAAGUCCUUUCACAACAUUGGGACAGAGAUGAUUAUAACAAAGCAUGGAAGGAGAAUGUUUCCACACUGCAGCAUCAGUGUAUCUGGGCUCCAGCCUUUUGUUAAUUACGUUAUCAUGAUGGACAUGGUUCCUGCAGACAGCUUCAAAUACAAGUGGAAAAAGGAGCAGUGGGAGGUCGCGGGGAAGGCAGAGCCCCAGCCCCCGUGUCGGACAUACAUGCACCCGGACUCUCCUGCCCCAGGAAGUCACUGGAUGAAGCAGGCGUUGUCUUUUCUCAGGAUGAAGCUCACUAACAACACAUUGGACCAACACGGCCAUAUCAUCCUACACUCCAUGCAUCGCUACUACCCCCGGUUUCAUGUCACCCAGGCCGACAGUCCCUACACUAUCUGCUGGGCCCCAUUUCAGACCGUCUCCUUCCCAGAGACCACCUUCACUGCAGCGACCGCUUACCAAAAUCCACGGAUCACCAAAUUGAAAAUCGACCACAACCCCUUCGCAAAGGGAUUCAGGGAGGGAGGCACCCAUUCCCACAGCAAAAGGUGCCGUUCAAAAAGAAGCCCUCCUCCAAAAAGAUCCGCUCUGGACAGGAACACCCUUUGCAAUAGUCCUCCUAGCCUGCAGAGGAUGCCCUUGACCUCUCCGCCAGUGGAGGCAGAGCGGGGUCAGGUUUCACUGAAGGUCGGUGACCUUUCAGCCUUGGCUGCGGAGCAGGACCCGCCUGAGAGUCUACACACUGAGACCCUGGAGCCUCAAGAGUAUGAUUACAGCUGUGAAGAACAGAUGGUGCCUGCAUCCGUGCCAUACCAGCCCUACAGGUCUGCAGAGUACACACACAGGUAUCCACUUUCUUCCAGCGGCGUUGAUGCAGCGCACACCCAUGUCCACCCUCCAUCUCAUCCCCUUGCCACUGCUGAACACGCCACUCAACAGCACGGCUACUACCACCAUCCUCACCACCACGGCCACCCAGUGGACUGGAGCCAGUACCCGCUCUUCUCCUACUCCUGUUGGUGAACUUUGCAACGGCGACACCGUUGAUGGGGGAUAACACCUUUAAAGCCUUGAAGGAAUGCUGUUAUUA